AUGGCUACCCAGAAGGACCCAGACCAGAGCCCAGAGGAGAAGACCCACCCAGAGAACAAGUUGGAGGAGCCAAAGAGCAGUUUUGAGGAAGAGGAGGAGAAGGGAAUAGAGGGUAACAAAGACAUGGAUGAAGAGAAUGAGGACAGUGAGAAUGAGAUAGAUGAUGAGGAGGGUGGUGAUGACAGCAACAAGGAGGAGGGGGAUGAUGUGGAAGAGGAGGAGAAUGAAGAGAAGGGCGAUGCUUCUAUGCUACCCAAGCAUACAAAUCAGUGCCCCAAGUGUGGGCAGAGCUUCCCACCCAGCUCGAAGUUGGUGAAGCACCACUGCCCCAACUCUGGCACCCAGCCUUCCACCUCUGGUGAGUGCAGCAAGAGCCUCAGCCUCAGCUCCAACCUCACCCAGUACUGUCACAUCACCCCCACCAAGAAGCCAUACAUCUGUGCUGGCUGUGGCAAGAGCUUCACUCGCAGCCUGACGCUCAUCGCCCACUGGCACAGCCACUCUGGGAAGAAACCUUUUGCCUGCACUGACUGUGGCAAGAGCUUCCGCCACGGUUCCAGCUUCUUCCAGCACCGUCGUGUCCACACCGGUGAGAGUCCACACAUCUGUGGUGACUGCGGCAAGAGCUUCCAGGGGAACUCGAUGCUCAUCGCUCACGGGCACGUCCACGCAGGUGAGAAGCCCUUCACUUGCAGCGACUGUGGCAAGAGCUUCAGCGUCAGCUGCCACUUCUUUCGGCACUGCCGUGUCCAUACCGGUGAGAAGCCAUACUGCUGUGCUGGUUGUGGCAAGAGUUUCCGUUGGAGCAAAACCCUCAUUACCCAUUGGCGUGUCCACACCGGCGAACAGCCCUUUGCCUGUGAUGACUGCUGUGAGACCUUUUGCCACAUUUCCCACUUCCUACAGCACCGCUGUGUCCACACCGUCAAGAGGACGUACAACUGUAGUGACUGUGGCAAGAGCUUCAGCUGCAGCUCUGACUGCAGCCAUCACCUCUGCAGCCACCUCUCCAAGGGCCAUGGGCUGUGCAGAAGUGAAAACAAACCACUGGCCACAGAAGACAUCGAGGCCCAGCAGAGCUUUGGCCAGGGCUCAGAUACAGUAAAACACAAGCAAACUCGCACUGGUGAGAGGCCAGAUGUCCGUACGGGCUGCAGCAAGAGCUUCACCAAGUGCCGCCAUGUCCGUGUUGGCAAGAAGUCCUUGACCUGCACCGACUGUGGAAAGAGCUUCAAACAGAGGUCCCAUCUCACCCAGCACUGCCGCACCCACACCAGCGAGAAGCCCUACGUCUGUGGUGACUGUAAGAGGAGUUUCACUGACAAAUCCUCCCUCACCCAGCACCGCCGCACUCACACCGGUGAAAAGCCCUACACCUGCACUGACUGUGGCAAGAGCUUCCGCCAGACCUCCACACUUACCCAGCACCGCACUGUCCACACUGGUGAGAGGCCAUACCACUGCACUAAAUGCAACAAGCGCUUCAGCUCCAGCUCCAACCUCAGCCAGCACCUACGUGUCCACACUGGCAAGAAGCCCUUCACCUGCAACGACUGUGGCAAGAGCUUCACCCGUAGGUUUGAUCUUACCAAACACAGUCGCACCCACACCGGUGAGAAGCCCGAGAAGACUUAUGUCUGUCCUGACUGCAGCAAGAGGUUCCUCCACAAAUCCUCUCUCACCCAGCACCGCCGUGUCCACACCGGUGAGAAGCCCUUCUUCACCUGCACCAACUGCGCCAAGAAAUUCAGCAGCAGAUCUACCCUCAACCGGCACCACCGCACCCAGGCUUGUGAAAAGUCCGUGGCAGGAAGUACAUAA